AUGACGGAAAUUAUCGAUAAUGUACCAGACCAAGAAGAUAAUCAUGAAGAAGAGGAAGAAGAACUUUUCUACACCGAAAUCGAUGAGCUUCAAAACCAUGGAAUCAGUGCUGCAGACAUUACCAAGCUUAAAAGUGCUGGUAUUUGCACUGCAAUCCAAAUGACCACACGUAAGAAUCUCUGCAAGAUUAAAGGAUUGUCCGAAGCAAAGGUCGAUAAAGUCAAAGAGUCUGCUUCGAAACUUCAGACAUCUUCUUUCAUCACAGGGACCGAAUUCUCCUUCAUUAGGUCCAAGGUGUUGUGGAUUUCCACCGGAAGCAAACAACUUGAUGCUCUCUUGGGUGGUGGAAUUCCAACAAUGUCUAUUACCGAAGCGUUCGGUGAAUUCAGAACUGGAAAGACACAAAUCGCACAUACGCUCUGUGUCACUACGCAGCUUCCACCUUCUAUGGGAGGAGCGAAUGGCAAGGUUGCUUUUAUCGACACAGAAGGAACUUUUCGACCAGAGAGAAUUAAGUCUAUUGCUGCACGAUUUGGCAUCGACCAACAAGCAGCUCUCGAGAACGUUCUUUUCGCGCGUGCUUACACAUCUGAGCAUCAAAUGGAACUUAUAGUCGAGGUGGCUGCCAGGUUUGCAGAAGAAAGAGGAAUCUAUCGAUUGCUGAUCAUUGAUUCGAUCAUCAACCUAUUUCGAAGCGACUAUUCUGGUCGUGGAGAGUUAGCUGAACGGCAACAGAAACUCAAUAUCAUGUUGAGUAGAUUGGUGAAAAUCGCCGAAGAAUUUAAUGUCGCUGUUCAAUCUGAUCCCGGAGCUUCCAUGACAUUUGUCAGUGAACCUCGAAAACCAAUUGGCGGUCAUGUUCUCGCCCAUGCCUCAACUACGCGAAUAUAUCUCCGGAAAGGACGUGGCGAAGAGCGCAUUGCCAAAGUUUACGAUUCUCCGGAUAUGCCUGAAGCCGAAGCGCCCUAUGCGAUAAGUGGAGGUGGAAUCGUUGAUAGCUCGGGAUAA